GACGCAAUUUGCAAAUGGCCGUGAAAAGGACUGAACUCGAGAAUCGAGGGAUCGAGGGUGUAUGAAAGGCUAAUGGUGGAUUGUACCGUGAUAAAAACUUGUGUAUAAUUCUAUAUUCAGUGUGGUGCUGUGCAAGAUACAAAAUGUGCCAAAAAGUGAGAAUCCAGUCUUAAUGUUGGUAUAGGACGCGCCCGAAAACCGCUGGAGCGACGAUCGAAGGGACAUUGCUGACAGAAGGGUAAAAUCCUGAUAUCAUUUUUGCCUAAUCAGGUCGUAGCGUUGCGUGAUAUCGGACGCGCGCGCGGUUGUCGAGCGGUCGUACAUUGAGAGGCCAGUGGCUAAGCACCCACCAUGAAUGAAUUGGACAGCCUGCGACAGGAGGCGGAGACGCUCAAGAAUGCUAUCAGAGAUGCUAGGAAGGCGGCAUGCGACACGUCGCUGGCGCAGGCGACCGCCAACCUGGAGCCCAUCGGGCGCAUACAGAUGCGCACGCGACGCACGCUGCGCGGUCACCUCGCCAAGAUCUACGCCAUGCAUUGGGGCAGCGAUUCCAGGAACCUGGUAUCGGCGAGUCAGGACGGCAAGCUGAUAGUGUGGGACAGCCACACCACGAACAAGGUGCACGCGAUACCGCUGCGCUCCAGCUGGGUGAUGACGUGCGCGUACGCACCCUCCGGCUCGUACGUCGCGUGCGGCGGUCUAGACAAUAUAUGCUCCAUUUAUAGUUUGAAGACGCGCGAGGGCAACGUGCGCGUGUCCCGCGAGCUGCCGGGCCACUCGGGCUACCUCUCCUGCUGCCGGUUCCUCGACGACAACCAGAUCCUCACCAGCUCCGGCGAUAUGACAUGCGCCCUGUGGGACAUCGAGACGGGCCAGCAGUGCGGGCAGUUCACGGGGCACACGGGCGACGUGAUGUCGCUGUCGCUGGCGCCCGACCAGCGCACCUUCGUGUCGGGCGCCUGCGACGCGUCCGCCAAGCUGUGGGACAUCCGCGACUGCGCCUGCAAGCAGACCUUCCCCGGCCACGAGAGCGACAUCAAUGCCGUCACGUUCUUCCCAUCCGGGUUCGCGUUCGCGACGGGGUCGGACGACGCGACGUGCCGCAUGUUCGACAUCCGCGCCGACCAGGAGCUCGCCAUGUACUCGCACGACAACAUCAUCUGCGGCAUCACGUCCGUCGCCUUCAGCAAGUCCGGCCGCCUGCUGCUGGCCGGCUACGACGACUUCAACUGCAAUGUGUGGGACUCUAUGAAGAGUGAACGCGCUGGUAUCCUGGCCGGCCACGACAACCGCGUAUCAUGCCUGGGCGUCACCGAGAACGGCAUGGCCGUCGCCACCGGCUCCUGGGACUCGUUCCUGCGCAUCUGGAACUAAGCCCCCACCCGCCCCACCCCGGACACCCCGCUCCACCCCACCACUCGUCUACUCACUCACUUGCUAUACUAUUCACCUGCGAUGACGUCACGCGUUCUAGAAGCUUAUAGAUGCUUCCAGAACGUGUGACGUCAUCGUCGCCGUCGGUAGCGAGUGGAUGGUCAUAACUUGAAUGAAUUUCUCGAUGGUUAGCCCCAGUUUAGCCGGUGAUGUCAGUUUCUAGUUUUAUAUAUUCGAUAUCAAAUGCGGUGUGUGAAUGUGUUAGCUUCUAAUUUUGAUAUCGUAACGCUGACGAUGGUCUGUAUUUCCUCGUUCGGUUCGGCCAUCGCAGGCAUUGAGGAGGCUCAAUGAUUAACGAAAUUCGAUUUUGUGAGACCUCAAGAACUUUGGUCUUUAUUGUAAAGGGGCGGCUGUAACGGUUUAUUUACUAAACUCUACACCUGUAUAAAGACUUGUCCAGUCAUCUUGUAGUUUAUUAUCAUUAAACAAUAAUUUCUGAUCUGAUGCACAGAGGACUUCGUGUAUAUAAUGUCGUAUUGUGUUGUUACACUGGAAGGCACAAUAUACAGCGCAGUAUGUUCGUACAAUACAGCGCACAAACAACGCACAUGCUUCGAAACUGCGCAAACACACGAUACAAUACGACUCGGCCGCGUCUCACGGGAACAAACCCGUACAAAAAACUCGCUUUAUUUAUUUAUAAUUAUAAUUUCUAACAAUAUUAAAAGCAUUUAAACAACUUUUAGGGAGGUAUGUAGUUUACAUUUGUAUGUAUGUGUGCGUUAGAUGUGCGAGUGUGUGAGCGUCACUACGGAUCCAUUGUUCACUGCAUAACGUAUAUAAUUAUAAUAUAAUGUAAUGAUUGAUAUAUAAUUAACGAUAGACGCUGGACACCUUUCCACGGAGGGGUUCUUAGCUGCCGGAAACAUUUUCUGUUUAUUGGUAAGUAGAAUUUAAUGUUUUGCACCAAUUUCAAGUAUUUGUCAGGCCAAAUGUAGGGUUCCGAAGUCCAAACCAAGAUCAGAAUAUGUAAUAAAAAACUUUUUGAAUGAUAAAGUCUUAAAAUAUUGGAGGAAUUUAGGGGUGUACUUUAUUUUGUUGCAAAUAUAAUGUUGCACAUUUAAGUGUUAGAAGUCGAUGUGAAAUAGCUUCUUCUAUCUUUGUUUUCUAUUACUGUUAAUUCAGCGCGUUACUAUAUUUUCUUUACAAUAUCUGUCGUAUAAUUCUUUCUACAUUUGUGUGUCGCUGAUUACCAGAAAUAGGAAAGAAAUAGCCAUAAGUUAAAUUCUAUUAAUUGUAUAUUAGUAAUGAUUAGUUGAACACAAUGUCUGACUCGUAACUCUUUGCGUUUCAGGUGACAACAUCGCACAACAGAAUACUAUCUAUAAAAACUAUAAUUAAAGAACCAAAUAUUAAUUAUAAAUGUAUCUAUGCAUAACUUAUUGAAUGAGAACAUUAUUUUCGUUUCUCGUCACUUUAAUGUAAUCCUAUCGUGGGUGAGCUAUAUAUUUAAUAUAUGUUUUAGAUUAGUCAACACACCGGUUUGUUAUUAGUAAAGCGAGAUUCUAAUGAUCUCUAUUGACGAAAAUCAAUCAUUUUUUGUACCAACGUAAGGGCGUUUGUACAUGAGCGUAACGAGACGCAGUACAUUGCGAGAUUAGUUACUCUCAUGUGCAAACGCCUUUACAUGACAUUCACGAAUUGUAAAAUGAGAUCUAAAUCUUAAUCUAGGCUUUAAGCGUACAAUUACAAUGAUUUAUACUUUGACAUGCAAUAUAAUUUAUCUAUAUCCAAUAUUAUUUCGUAUCAUUACCCCUUGAGCGCACACCAGUUACAUACUCAUUAGAAUUAUACAAAAAUCGUUUUUAUAUAAAACUGUAAACUUGUGUCGCUGUGUGUAAACGUAAAUUGUGGCUGGAAUAAAAAGCGAAAUUUGUAUAAAUCUAUUCAGUAUCGUAACGUUCACCGACAUUCAUACUGAAUUUUAAAUUCUACAGUGCAGCUGAAUAAAUUGCUGAAAUUUCCAAUAUAAGGCAUAGUGCAGUGUGCAACACCGUCAAAUAGAUGCAUUUCUUUUUUCUUCAUUCCUUAUUUGGCGUAGAAACUAUUUAUUUCUCGUGUAAAAAUUGUUUAUAAAGUACGUCUAAAUAUUAAAAGCCCUAAUGAUAUAGUGGGGUUGUAAAGCCACACAAGGGCUGCAUAAAUAACCAUUAUUAAAUAAAAACUAUUUAAAAUGGAUAUUCGCAACACUAUGAUAAAAUCAUCAGUUUAUUUGCGCGGAACUAACACUUAGAAAUUUGGCAAAAAUUUGAACAGAGCAAAAAAUUAUCGAACUGUUUAUUAUCAUGGAAAAGGACUACUAUAUACAACAUAGUGAAUUCUAGUCUUUAAAUAUAUAAAGAAGGAAAAGUUUGACUUUGGGAAGAUGGGAUUUUGAUCUUUUAAAAUGUGAGGGGUGUACUUUCAAACCGGCUGUAUUAUGGCCGUCAUUCAACAGUAUUUUUGGCGCGAAAUACAAACUAAUUUGAGGAACUUCACAGGCGUUUUGUGUAUUGAUAUUUAAUCGUAAUAAGUUAAAUAUUUUUCAGAAUUUACUAAAUAUAAAUCAAAUAUGUAUGUAUGUUGGUCAGAGGGAGGAUAAUAUACUUUAUUUCCAAAAUCAAUUAAAGAAUUUUACAUCUUUCGAUUUGGGGAAAUAUUUCUUUUGUUAAGUUAUCAAGUCUGUGAAGUUCCAACAUUUUAAAUGUUAAGUAUUGUUAGUUCUCGCGUGAACAAACAGGACUAUCAUCAUUAUCAUCACGCACCUAUUUUAUAUGUUUAUACCGCUUUCACUAUGAUUAUUAACGUUAAAUCAUAUUUAACUUACAUUGUAUUACCACUACCCACAGAAUUUACUAGCUAAACAUACUGCGCCUAUGUUAUAUAACAAGGCGUAGAUUUUAACGAGUAUUUUUCGUGUAGGUGGAGUUAAACUAAUGUAAGCUAAAUAUGUUCUAACAUCACAUGAUAGUACUUAGUCCGUCUUCGAUACAUUUUGAAACGUUUAAAGUUGAAACAUUUUCAAUCAUAGAUGAUUAAUUUUAAAAUAAGCAUAAACGGUAGCGUUUUUAAUGUCAUGUAAGGGUUACCAUGUUAAAUGUUUCGUACAAGUUCGGCUCGUAUUCACGCAAACAUGAUAUGUUAUCCCUUUACUAUUACACGAGGGGCGAACAUCAACGUCGUCCCCUAACGUUCAUUUUACUAGACUAAGCUAGCUUUAGGUACGUAAGGAUUAAUAUACAUGAAUAAAAACUAGGCAUUUGUAACUCGAACAUUCUGUGUUGCUAACUGCAAAAAUUUGAUGCCAAUAUAUUUCUUUGUAACACUUAGUUAUAUUCGUUGCAGUAUUUGUUGGGAUUUUAAGCACAAAAUAUAUUUUAAUUAUUGUUUGUCGGCUUUUUUAAUUAUACAAUCGAUGGAUGGUUGUCGCGCUAUUUGUUUUUUUAUUAUUUUUUUGUUUAAAUUAAGCCUUUUUGUCUUAGAUAGGUUAUAAUAUAGAUGUUUGUAUUAGGCAGACGAAGUCAGACGUGGCGACUGUGAGAGCUAAUAGUAUGAUUUGCUUUCGGAAACAAUGUUGAUAUAAUCGAGUUCAUUUCUAUAGUUUGUCGUGCUCAAUUAUCAUAAUAUUUAUAUUGCACAAAGGCGGCGCAAAACUGUAAACAGAUUGAAUAAUUUAACAAUAAAAGCUCUAAAGACAAACAGGUGAAUGUAAUUUAUUAAAUAAAAAAAUGGCAUAUCAAACAAUUGCUUCGCCAUUUUGUAUUGCAAGGCAAUCAUCGGGUAUAUCAUAUUGUGUGUGAACUAUUAUGUUGAUUAAACACGUUUUGAGAAUAUUCAAUAUCUAUGUCCACGCAUGCAUCUCUUUGUCUAUACGUAAGUCAUGUUGCAUGAUGGGGAUUGUUUGUCCAACGCCCAGCCGCGUGUGGGCUCGCAUGCGGCUCCCGCAGCCCGCAGCACGCGUUGGACAAAUAAAUACGAUGUAAUCUGAAGUUAGCUCCGGUCUGCUAGUUUUACGCCUAGGAUAAGACUCUUUUUUAAAUAAUAAUAAAAAUUGUUUUCUACUGUAACGGCUUCUUUUCAGAUCAAUGUACGAUAACUAUAAUAUAGCAUUAUAUGAUAUGUAUGAUAUUUAAUGGAUAGUUUUGAUGGCUCAUAUUCGGUUUUUUGUCUAUUCAGACCAAUUUUUCUCACUUUUACAUCAUAUUAUUGGAAUGGACUGCCAUAUUUUAACCUGUAAACUAUAAAUAUACUUAAAAACGAGGGAUAACAGAUGGUAUGGUUAUCAGGGAUUAAGCCUAAUCUAGUAUGAGAUACCGGAACGUGACGCUAAAUCCUCGAAUUUGUUUGAAAGCUGAAUAUCCCUGGAAUUGUAUAUCAUAUUCCUUUGAAAACUUAAAGGAUUCGUAUACCUUAGUUAACUUUUUAUUUGCUAGUCCGCGUCUUUAAUAUGUUUAAUGAAAAUAAUUAUUCUUAGUGGUAUAAUACUAAUUAUAAUGUAUUGUGUAAAAUAUUUUUUUUAGUUAUUAUAUCAAUAAAUUAAAAUUUGUUUAUUUUAA